AUGGCAGAUGACGGUGUUGCCAACGACGGCGUUGAUGAUCAGUACGGUGAAAAAUCGGUGACGAAGAUUGCCGUGUUGCAACGCGAGCGCGAAAAAUUGAUGAGUGAGAACGCCGCGAGGAAGAAGGAGAUCAAGAAGCUGACGGCGGAGCUCGAUGGAUUGAGGAGCGACAACACGGUGACUAACGAGAAGAUCGAAGAAAUGCAGCGAGAGAUGGUGCAGUCUCGCGAGGCGGCGAAGGCGGUGGAGGUAAUCGCGGCGAGGGCGGCGGACCUGGAGACGGAGGUGGCGAGGCUACAACAUGAUAUGAUAUCGGAGAUGAGUGCGACGGAGGAUGCUAGGGCGGAUGCUACUGAAUUGAGGAAGGUUUUAGGAGAGAAGGAGUCUAGGCUUGACUCUCUGGAGAAAGAAUUGGAAACAUUGAAGAAGGUGAAGGCAGAGUAG